CUUGUUUAUUCUGUUUACGUUGGGCAUUCGAGCCAUGCAGACGUUCCUUGUUCUGAUUGUUUUUUGUUUGGGCAGUGUGGUCGGUAUUAAUGUGAUCGAUUUGGCUUCGUCCAAUUUGGACGUUACAUGGACAUUUGAAAAUAAAAAUGGAUCAAUAACCGGCCGGGGUUCGGUGCCCGGCGGGAUCUACUCGGACCUGCAGCAGGCGGGGGUAAUUGGCGACAUCCUCUCGGGUUUCAACGACGUGGCCUCGAGAUAUGUCGCUUACGAUUCCUGGACUUACACCGGACGACUGAUAAUAAAUCAGCUUCCUGACACGGACGUUGCUCACUUGGUUCUCGAAGGCGUGGACACUGUGGCUUUCGUUGAAGUGAAUGGGAGUCCUGUCGGCAGCACGAACAAUAUGUUCGUGCGGUACGUCUUCGACAUCAAGUCGCAGUUGAAGGAAGGAGACAAUGAGAUCAAAAUAACCUUCGUAUCGCCAGUAGAAGCAGCGAAAUUACGCUCGGACAAGCACUUCGCAGCACCUGACUGUCUUCCCGAUGUCUACAACGGCGAAUGCCACGCCAACCAACUGCGCAAGAUGCAGGCCUCCUUUGCGUGGGAUUGGGGCCCAGCCUUCCCAUCAGUGGGAUUAUGGAAACCAGCAUAUAUCGAAUUUUACAACUCUGCAAUUAUUCGAUCAAUGACAUCGCACACAGAGAAAAUUGGUGCGCAUUGGGACCUAAAGAUAGUGGCACACUUGGAGUCCAGUCGUAAGAGGAAGCAGAUUGGCGGACGACUCAGGGCUUCGAUAAAAGUAGAUGGCGGACAAAUGCUCACGGUGGAUAGAGCUUUUGAGUCAACGACAAGAGAUGAUGGGACCAGUGAAGCUGAACUCAAUAUGACAAUUAGUGAGAAUGUUAUAAGUCUCUGGUGGCCUAAUGGCUUCGGAGACCAGCCGUUGUAUGAUUUGCAUUUAAGGUUUACUUCAGACGAUUUAAAAGAAACAUAUGAAAUACACAAACAAAUCGGUUUUCGAACUUUGGAAGUCGUAGAGGAAGAUACUUCACAAUUACCAUGCAACGAUACAGCGGGACCAGGCCUUUCCUUCUAUUUCAAAGUGAAUGGUUAUCCCAUCUUCAUGAAAGGCUCAAACUGGAUACCUGCAAAUAUCCUACCAGAACUUGGCAGCGACCAAAAAACAGUGGAUGAGCUCCUGCUAUCUGCGCGCGAGGCACACAUGGCCAUGCUGCGAGUCUGGGGCGGCGGGGUGUACGAGUCGGAUUACUUCUACCAGCGUUGCGACCAGCUGGGCAUACUCAUCUGGCAAGACUUCCUAUUUGCUUGCUCGAUGUAUCCUGCUGAUGAGGAGUUCCUUGAAACCGUCAAAGUGGAAAUUGAACAAAACGUGAUCAAUCUUCAGCAUCACCCGUCAAUCGCAAUCUGGGCUGGCAAUAAUGAAAACGAAGCUGCUUUGCGAGACAAUUGGUACUUCACUAACCCGCAGUUCAUGAAAUACAAGAAAGAAUAUCUGAAACUUUACGUAGACACCAUUAAACCUAUCGUGGAGGGGUUGGACCCCGGUCGCCGCUACUUAGUCUCCAGUCCGUCUAAUGGAAAGGAAUCAGAGAACGAAGGCUACAUAUCCGAGCAUCCCUAUGACCCACAUUAUGGAGACACACAUUAUUACAAUUAUAUUUUAGACAACUGGAAUCAAAAUAUUUAUCCCAAGACCAGAUUUGCGUCUGAAUACGGAUUUCAGUCUUUGCCUUCUCUCGCAACGAUGAGAACUGCUACGAACAAUGAGUCUGACUUUCAAGUCGAUAGCCCGUACUCAGUUCAUAGGCAGCACAGUCCGGGUGGAUACGGAUUUAUUACAGACCAAAUGAAUCGUUAUUUCCGGUUAGAUAAAAGUGAUAAGAAACAUUUUGAGAAAUAUGUUUACUAUAGUCAAAUAUCACAAGCAAUGGCGAUGAAAGCAGAAACAGAAUUCUACAGGCAGAGCCAAGCAGAUUGGUACACCAUGGGCGCUUUGUACUGGCAACUGAAUGAUGUCUGGCAAGCUCCGUCUUGGGCUGGCAUUGAGCACGGUGGCAAAUGGAAGAUGCUCCAUUACUUUGCAAAAUCCUUCUUCGCGCCAGUAUUAGUGUCUCCAAGAUUACUGCUAACGCACGACGUAGACAUUUACCUAUUGAAUGACCGACUUGUGCCCAUAACUGGUGGAAUUAUAACAGUAGAUUUCUUCAACUGGACAAGUACAACACCAAUGCGAUCAAUACUAAUCGCCGCCAACGCAGGAGCGUUGUCAGCAGUAAAGGUCCCUAUGAGUAUAGCGUUAUGGAAAGAAGAAAUGGAUGAAGUGUUUUUAAGAUUCUCUCUAAUUGCGGAUGGCGUUAGUUCUUCACCAUACAACUAUAUUUUCCCAAUUGCGUUCAAGUCCGUCAAGGGUUUGAAGAAACCAAAUAUUCAGAUUAAUGUUUUGAGCAAUGUCAAAACCACUACAGACGGAUAUCGCUACACGGUGGAAAUAACCACAGAUACAGUAGUUUUGUUCCUCUGGUUGGAGACACAGGAGCCCGGCCGGUUCGAUGAUAACGGACUCGUGGUGACUGACCCGCGCAUCACGGUCGACUUUUUGAGCAGUAAGCAAAUAUCACCACAAGAUUUAGAGAAAUCUAUACACUAUCAGUAUUAUAUGCAGUAAUAAUAUAUUUAAAUUAAAUGUGUAGUUUUAUGAAUUUGCCAAUACGAGGGUUUAUGAAUUAUACUAGAAACUACAAUGAAAAUCCAAAAAAAAAAAAUUAAAAUGGCCGAAUGCCACAAUGGCACAGGUCAACUUUCUUACAAAUGAUUUUCAUAAAUUCAAAAAUACCCACAUAUCAAUUAGAAAUAUGGGACGGGAAGUGUGGGACUGAAAAUCAGCAGAACCAAAACUGAACAGAUGUUCUGCGAUUUCGGUGGUCUAUCCAGUUUUUCCCCUAUUGCCUUAGAUGGUGUAUACCUACCAGUUUGCUCCGACUUCCGGUACCU